UUACUGUCUCAAUCCUCCUCCUCUCCAAGAAAACAACAAAACGCAGAAAAUCUAGAGAGGAAAUUUCUAGAAAACCUUAUCAUCCUCUGCCAUUCAGUUGGUGACUUUGGUGUGAUAUUGUACAAAUGUACAACUAGACCAUAAAGUCGCUGAUAUUUUUCCUGAGUUGAUCCGUUUAAGAAAAGGGAAAAAAAAAGAGCAAUUCAGAGAUGGAAAGGUCUGAAAUGGCUGAUUCUGAAAUACCUCCACGACGUGGGGAAGAAGAACAGGGAGGGGAUGCUGAAGGAGUACCAGUAGUUGCAGCAGAGGAAGAAGAGAAAAAAUUGGAACAGAAUGACAAAACCCACCAACGUCUCUGUGAUUUCUGCAAUGAAUCGUUGGCUAUCUUGUACUGCAGAGCCGACACCGCCAAGCUCUGCUUCUCGUGCGACCGUGAAGUCCACUUAGGGAACCCACUUUUUCGGAAGCACACUCGUUCCCUUCUGUGUGAUUGCUGUGAUUCAAAGCCGGCUUCCAUUUUCUGUUCCACUGAGAAUAUUGUUCUCUGCCAGAACUGUGAUUGGGAAACCCAUGAUGUCUUAUCUUCUCUGCACGACAGGAGACCGUUGGAGGAGUUUUCUGGGUGCCCAUCGGUGACUGAUUUUUCAUCGAUUUUUGGGUUUGAUGACGUUGGGGACAAGUCUCUGUUGCCGAUGGCAGAUCAGGAUGAUGGUGGCUUGGUGGGUUCUGGGUUUUAUGCUUCUGUGGGAGGAAUAGUUGAUGAGCUUUCUGAUGCGUUUGUAUGGGAGACUUCACCUGUUGUUAGUCUUGACGAUCUGAUUCUAUCCUCUAAUUCCAGCCAUAAUUUUCAAGCUAUUGGAAAUCCUCCUCUACCCAAGAACCGAAAUAUGACUUGUGGGCGACACAAGGAAGAUAUUCAAUCUCAACUCUGUCAACUGGCAAAGUCGGAGCACUGUUUGAAUAUUGAUCGUGGGCGUUUUGAAUCACUUAUCAGUGUCAAAACCCAGGUCGUAGAACCAAAUAUCCAACCUGUAGAUAUGGGCAAUAUGAAUGCUAGAUUUGAACAUGAUACAGAACAAAUUGUCUUGCCUGGUUACAAGGGAGGUGCACUUCAAUGGCACAGUAACAGUUGUGCAUCAGCUGGUCCAGAACCCAUUCCUUUUAUUUCUAUCGAAAGCUAUGCUGAGGAAAUAUUGUUGUGUCAUGAGAAACCCACAGAGUUUGGUGGCUUUGGCUGCCACACCAAUUGUUGCUUGAAGGAGCAAACUCAGCAUCCAGUUGUUAAAGAAAGCUUGCAGGGCCCACCAAAAGUUACUCCACGUGAGUUAACAAGCCAAGAGAGAGACAAUGUGAUCUUACGAUACAAGGAGAAGAGGAAGGCAAGGAGAUUCGACAAGCGCAUCCGGUAUGAAUCCCGGAAAGCUCGUGCAGAAAGCAGGACAAGAAUUAGGGGACGUUUUGCAAAGCUGGAUCACUGAAAUACUUGGACGCGAUCAAGACACUGCAUUUUGAAUUGGUUGGGUUUCUUAAAUGUUUCUAAAUGUGUUUUAGCAGGUAGCUUUUGGGUCUUAUUUCUUAUUUAUUUGUUUCUUAUACUUGUAAUAGCUCAUGAAGUUAAAAGAUAACAAAUGUGCUAUGUAUCAUUUUCCUUUUUGUGCAGUUAAAUGUAAAAGUUCGUGCAUUUGCCUUGAUUUGAAGUAGUAAAUGAAAGCAAGACAACUUUGUUUUUUCUGCUUGAAAA